CCGUGAAGCCAGGAAAGGUUUAAUCCCCCACCUACCCUACCUGGCAGGGACUCCCUGCGGGGCUUGAGGUGGUGCGUGGCUAUCAGGUUUGCAGACAGGUGAAACACCGGCCACUGCAGAGUCACAGUCCCGUCCUCACUCCUGAUGUCUUUGUUGAUGGUGUCAAAGGUGCCAAAGGUGGCAAUCCAGACCCCCUGCAAGUGAAGAGGAAGGAAGGGCGCAAGGGUUAUGGGCCGGCUGGAGGAAGAGCCCAUGUGGUGGUCCAACGCAGGGGCGCAGCUCAGGAGCCCUCUCGCGCUGUUCAGAGGCACAAGCCAGGGCAUCGGGAAUGGCUUUGGGAAGGGGCUGCACAGUCCUCUCCUUCCCCUGGCCCUCCCACAUGCAGCACAGCAGUCAGGGCAGAAGCAGCCUGGUGGGAUCCAGAGGCUUGCCACGAUUGGCCUCAGCCCUGAGAUAGGACACCGCCCAGCACAGGUGAUCCCGCAGGAUGUGCAGGAAGCCCACGGCAUGCCCAGUAGAGACAUGUGGGGUGAUUUCCUGCUUUCUGUGGAGGGGAAGACCGAGAGGAAUUCUCGUCUGAGCCGGGCAGGGAGAAGAGGAAGCCGCCAGCCAACCCACCUUCUGCACCAGGAGGUGCUCUUGUACGUAGUCGGCCACCGCAUCCCAGACGGCAACUCGCUCUGGAGGGCAAAGAAAAGCAGGUCACACUCUGCAUCUGCCGCUUCCCGGCACCGCUACCGCUGCCAGGCGGGAGUGAGGUGGCAGAUGGGAAGUGUCGUCUCCAUCCUGAGCUUGGCUGCAGCACCACUGCUGUGGUGGCUCUGGACCCAUGUACCUUGGGUGUCGGUGCAUGUGUGUCUGGAGGCACACCGCGCUGCGGGGCCAUCCUUGCAGAAGCUCAUCCUGUUCCGCCUCGUGCCGGCGGGUUGCUCCUUGUUGGCGCCAGCCAUGCCGGAGCUCAUCCCUUCAGACGCGUCUGCUCUCUGCCAGAUGCUCCUUCAGGAUGCAGGACCCACCAGCGUGCACCGCCUUCGUACCCCUCCCGGGUGGCCGUGUCACAAACGUCGCCACGGUGACAGCGUGGGCAGUGCUGGCCGCAGCCCAUGAUGACGCUGGCACCAGCAGCCUGCUGCCCGCCCCGGGUGGGAGUGCUGGCUCCUCUCUGUUUCCUCUCUCUUCCUUUCUGUGCUCUCCAUGUUAUGUUACUUGUUUUCCUUUAGUAGCCGUUGCCUGAAUUGAUGUUCAAGUAGUUGACACAGAAGCAACGACUGUUCCAAAGGCCUCUACCCGUCUUGUUGAAGACCAGUUGGCAGAAGGUUUCUUUGUUUUGCCUGGAAGUUUUUUCAUGGAUUCUUUGUUAGAGCAGUCACUAAAUUACCUGACAUUGA